UAAAAAUUCGUUUGCGUAAUAAUACUAAUAAUUUACAUCCAAAGUAUCUCAAAUUGAAAGAUAAUUAAAAUAACAUAAUUAAAAAUGUAUUUAGUGUCGAAUUUGGUCAAAGUUACUAUUCCUAACUACUUAGCAGGAUUGCCGAUUCCUGACUCUGUUGGUGGAUGGUUUCGUCUCGGAGUGAAAGAUUGGCUAGCCCUAGUCCCUCCAACGCUUGUAAUCGGAGGCAUCUCGUACUACUCGUACCAGACCAUCAAGAAAGCGCAGGCUGGCGGCAACGGGCAUGUGAACAACUGCGUGAGGAAGGACAUUGACAAGGUUGUGGACUUCAUUGAUAUUGAGGAUAUCACGGAGAAGGCUGUGCUGUGCCGAUGCUGGAAGACUAAGAAUUGGCCAUACUGCGACGGGACGCACGCCUCCCACAACAAGGCGACAGGUGACAACGUAGGCCCCGCCAUCGUCCGGCACAAGGCGACCAAGUAAACGACACGUGGACAUAUAUCUGGGAUCAGUGCUAUUCAAACAGCCGGUUACGUUUCCUAUGG